AUGUCACGUAAAAGCCAGUCAUUUCAGUGUAAACUAGCGGCGUUAUCAAUGGUUUUGGUGAGUGAAUCUAUUUCUUCAACUCUGAUAUUGCCGUUUGUGGGUCUGUACGUUGCACACCUCCACAAAGUCUCACCAGAUGAGGCUGGCUUUCUUUCUGGCAUUCUUGUUUCGGUGUUCCACUUGGGACAGAUGCUUACUGCCAAAACUUGGGGAAGAAUGAGUGAUCGUUUUGGGCGUAAGCCCAUGAUUCAGUUGGGUUUGUUUUUCAACGCGGUUGCUUCAGCAUUCUUCGGUAUGAGUCCGUGCAUUGAAUUCUGCGUUUUGAUGCGAUUCUUCCACGGCUGCGCCAACGGCAACGUGCUUGUUGCCAAAACCGUCAUUGCAGAUAUCACAGACAAAACAAACGAAAGCCUCGGAUUCUCCACAAUCAGUCUCUUCUGGGGCGUCGGUUCCAUAGUUGGGCCAACAGUGGGUGGACUGUUGUAUGAUCCAGGGAAGAAUUCUGCCAUUGGCCAUUUUUUCUCGUUCGAUGAACAGACAACAAACAUUCUGGUUCUUCAUCCUGCGUUGCUUCCAGCAAUGGUCAUAACAGUAUUCUCUAUAUUUGUAUUGAUGUGUACAAGUUUUUUCCUACCCGAGACGAGUAAAAAUGUAGUGGACCCUUUGCUUUCGCUGUGUUUUCGAGGCAGACCAACCACAGUGGUUGUGGAAAGUGAAGUGGUGGAGGAGGAUGCGAGGCAGCAGGACUUUGAAGGUAUUGGUACAAUUGCGCCUACUGAAGAAGAAAACGCUGGUGCUAUCAACCGUCUGGGGGAUUCACCGUCUUGGCUUGCACACAAGGGCACUGGAAGAGCUAUUGAUGACGUGUCACACUGUACUGUCGCUGUCGAGAGUUCUUCAGUCACAACUGGUAUGCGAAGCCGCAGGCAAGGGGCUGUGUUGGAAGAUGUCAAUGAUGGUGAGAGUAAGGCAUUUUCUACUUUUGGAUAUCGUGACGCAUUGCAGUCACAAAGCACACGGGUGGUCCUGGUGAUGUACAUGUGCAUCGCCUCAACAGAGUGCGCCUUGUUAGAAGUUGUCCCGCUCUGGGCAAUUGCUUCAGUCGAAAAGGGUGGGCUGAACCUCACCUCACCUGAUGUGGGCUGGUUAAUGGGUGCCGCAUCCGUUGUCUGCGUCAUUGCAAACAUCAACUUUUCCCUAAUUUCCAGGUGGGUGCAGAAUAACCGUUUUCUGUGGGACGCCAGUGUCAUUGUCUGGGCUCUAACCUCUGUUGCGACACCCUGUGCUGUGUUUAUUCCACGUGAAUGGGUGUUCACAUACGUUGCUGUUGUGACCUCCGUCCGCGAGGUUGGGCUUUCGUGGGCGUACGCGUUAAUAUAUCUUUUCGUCGCACGCUCCGCUCCCGAGGCGCAUGUGGGUUCAAUGAAUGGCGUCGCUCAGGCCAUUGGUUCCCUCGCGCGCAUGUUGACGAUGCUGGUAAUUCCCCCAAUGUUUGCGUGGUCUCUCCAGAGUAUGCGAGGCUUCCCUUUCAAUCACCAUUUUGUAUUUUGGCUGACGAAUAUUCCGCUUCUAAGUAGCUACUUUCUUUCUGCAUAUCUAUCUUCACUUGUGCUGUGUGGCUAA